AUGUCCUCUUGCAAGGACUCUCUUUCGCUCAUGGCGAUGUGGGGUUCCAUCGCUCGUUUUGACCCAAAGCACGAGCGAAGCUUCGAAGGGCCUGAGAAGCGCUUGGAGGUGAUAAUGCGGGUGGUGGACGGGACGCACGUUAGUGGUUUACUUGCACACGAUGACGAUGUGUGGCAAAAAGUUAUUGAUGCUAUAUGUGCACACAUUGUUUCCCGUGAGUUUAAUGAAUACAUUCGCUCCUACGUGUUAUCGGAGAGCUCAUUGUUUGUAAUGAAAGAUCGCGUGAUUCUCAUAACUUGUGGUACCAUCACUCUUUUGAAUUGCGUGCCGCUCAUAUGCGAGGCGGUGAGUACUGUUUGCGGCGAAGUAGAAUGGGUUUCCUUCAUGCACAAAAACUACAGUUUCCCGUGGGAGCAGAAGGGACCGCAUCUUUCGAUGGCGGAAGAAUUUAAGACACUUAGGUCCCAUUUUCCGUCGGGACAACCAUUCAUAUUUGGUCCGAUUGACAGCGACCACUACUUCUUGUAUUUCCACAGUGAUGUUGUUCAACCCAGCUGCAGUGACGAUGCACAACUCAGCAUGACCAUGUAUGGGCUUGAUCGCAAUCAAACGAAACACUGGUACUCGGAUAAGAUGUUGCCUACGGGUCCUGAAACCGCAGUGAUACGGGAGGCAACGGGGCUCAGUGAAGUUGUAGAUGAUUCAUGGAUCCUUCACGACCUUCAGUAUGAGCCAUGUGGCUACAGCAUAAAUGCGAUACGUGGUAGCGAGUAUCAAACGAUACACAUAACACCUGAGGAGCACUGUUCGUUUGCAUCAUAUGAGACGAAUACGUGUGCUCUUAAUUACUCGAAGUGUAUCUGUGGAGUAUUGAGAGUGUUCGACCCUGAACGGUUUUCUGUGAUUGUAUUUAUUGACCCUGAUAGUGCUGUGGGGAAGUCUUACCAUAGUGGGGGAACGAUUGGUGUGGAACCCGAGUAUUAUCCGAACUAUGAAGCGCAUCACCGUACAGUGAACGAGUAUACACCGGGUCACUGGGUUCUGAAGGUAAACUAUGUAAAACGUGCGGUUGGCACUGUAGGGACUUCCGCAGCUUCUGGAGCGAAGGAAUGA